AUGCUCCCCAAGACUCUCACCAUUUGGGCUUCGCUGGCCUCUCUCGCAGUGGCCCAGUCCGGCCAGGUGGUGUUUGCUAAGAACGCCGACGGGAAGUUUGUGCAUAGCACCGACGACCUGGACCAGGGCCAGCGAAAAAUCCGUGGCAAGUUUCUCCACAUCACCGACAUCCACCCGGACCCCUACUUUCAUGUUGGAGCAGUGGCAGAGGACAAGUGCCAUGUGGAUCCUGACCAUAAAGAUAGUGACUAUCCCGACGAAGAUUCGGAGUUGGUGUGGUUCCGAGCCACGGGCAAGAAGAAGCAUAACCACCACAAGGGAAAGGACCACGAGAAGAUGCCCAAGGCUGGAUAUUACGGUCAUCCUCUGUCUUCCUGUGACGGACCCAUCAGUUUGAUGAACGCCACCUUUGACUGGAUCGACCAGAACAUCAGAGAUGAAAUCGACUUCAUUAUUUGGACUGGUGAUAAUGUGCGACACGACAAUGACAACCGAUACCCUCGACUCGAACAGGACAUUUUUGGCUACAACCAAAUUGUCUCGUCUAAGUUUCAUGAACUCUUCCGGUACAACGAAACUCGAGAUGGAGAGGGCCACAACGGAGGAGGAGAUCCCCAGCACCCUCUUGUCAUUCCCAUUAUUCCGUCGCUUGGUAACAACGACGUCUUCCCACACAACCUGUAUCUCGCAGGACCCUCGUUCCAGUCUCGACGAAUGUUGCAAAUCUGGAGUGAGUUUGUACCGGAGGCACAGCAACAUAUCUUCUCUCGAGGGUCCUACUACUUCCAGGAAGUCAUUACCGGCAAGCUGGCCGUCAUCUCGCUCAACACCCUGUACUUCUACAAAUCUAACCCCAUGAGCGAUGGCUGCGACGAGAAGACAGAUCCUGGUUACAAACACCUGGUAUGGCUAGGUGUUGUUCUUGAUGAGAUGAGACAGCGAGGAAUGAAGGUAUGGCUCAGUGGCCACGUACCUCCCGUGGAGAAGAACUACGAGGAUUCAUGCCACCUUAAACUGGCAUACUGGCUCACCGAAUACCGUGAUAUCAUCGUGGGAUCUGUGUUCGGACACAUGAACAUUGACCACUUUGUAGUCAUGGAUCCGAAGAAGAUUGAAAAGGCCCAGAGCCAGGAUCUUGGUACUCCGGGUCUUGGAUACAAGAGCCAUGUCACUGAUUUCCUGGACGUAGCCAUCUCUGCAUCCCAUCCCGUCCACACUUUCGGUUCCAUCUACAAGCGAAACUAUAUUGAAAGUGUGCGCGAGGAUUACAGCGAGAUCCCGGGGCCCAAAAAGUGGCUCGAUGAGUACGCCAGCAAUUUCGCCAUUGCUCACGUCUCUCCUUCCGUCAUUCCUAACUACUUCCCUUCUCUGCGAGUAUGGGAGUACAACAUCACUGGCUUGGGUGAGGAGAUUGGUAACCCUCCCCACCCUCCACCUUCUUUCCGUGCAUGGUCUGAUGUUCUUGAGGAGUUUGAGCGAGACUAUGCUCAAGACGUCAUGGACGAAAUCGAGGUCGAAUGGUUUGAUGCUAACAGUGACGUUAUUGAGGCGGAGGAUAACGAUGGUGACGACGACGAAGAUGAAAAUGAGGAUGAUCCUGAGAUGCUGACCGAGGAGGCUAUCAAGGAGGGUGUUGCCAAUAUCAACCCUGAGACUGGAACUCUGGCUUCCAUAUUUGGAGGUCUGAAGUUCUGGAAAUCUUCCACCGCUGUUGCUACUUCGUCGGAGCCUGAGUCUGACGAUUAUGAUUCUGAUUUGGAUGCUGAAAGAAAAAAGGGCAAGAAGAAGGGUAAGAAGGGUAAGAAGGGCAAGAAGGGCAAGAAGGGCAAGAAGAAGAAGGGUAAGAAGGGUAAGAAGGGCAAGAAGGGUAAGAGAGACAAGAGCAUGCCUCCCAAAUUCCCCAAGGAUCUCCAGCCCGGACCUGCAUACAUCCCUCAGCUCUUCACUCCUAUCGGAUACACUCAAUAUUACGCCAACAUCACUCAGUUCAACAAGGAGUAUAAGAAGACAGGCGCUUCAAACUUUGAGUAUGUUGUGGAGUAUACGACCAAUGAUGCCCCUUACAAUUUUGAGCAUCUGACGGUGCGCAACUGGGUCGAGCUUGCGCGUGUUUUGGGCAAGAACUUCCGGGAUCUGGAUCUCGAGGCUGAGAAGUCCAAGUCGGACCAGCUGUGGAAGGUGUACAUGGACCGAGCUUUUGUGGGUACUGGAGCCGAGUACCUGGAGGAACCUGAUGACGACUAA